AUGUUCGAUACAAUGGAGGCAUCGACUUUGUCUGCAUUCACGGUGUUAGUGAUCACUCUGAUUACCAUAUGCCUGGUGAAGAUCGCGUCGAUUAUAUACCGCCAACGCACAUAUUGGAAGAAAUAUGGUGUGCCGUACGUGAACGUAACCCCAGUGCUUGGAUCCAUAGGGAAAGUUCUUCUGCGUCGCGCAGCCUUCCACGACGAGUUGAAUUACUAUUACAAAUCCUACCCGGAUGCACGAUACGUCUGCAUGAUGGACUUCGCGACACCAACGGUCUUCAUACGUGACCCCGAAUUGAUCAAAGAGUUGGCCAUAAAGAACUUUGACUUUCUCCCUGACCAUCGAAGCUUCAUCAACGAAGAAAUUGAUCCCAUAUUCGGGAGGAACGUGUUCUCGCUGAAAGGCGAUCGCUGGCGAGAAAUGAGGAACACUCUGAGUCCGUUCUUCACGUCCAGUAAGAUGAGAUUCAUGUUUGGAUUGGUGUCAAAGUGCUCGUACCAGUUCGUAGACUAUUUGUACAAUCAUCCAGAAUGUUGUACCAGGGUGGAGGCCAAAGAGACUUUCACGAGGUACGCCACCGACGUGAUCGCCACGACAGCGUUCGGCAUAAGCGUAAACUCUUUGAAGGAUCGCGAUAACGAGUUCUACAAGACGGGUGUGGACGCGGCUAACUUCACGGGUGUAUUCCGUUUGUUCACAUUUCUGUUGUUCCGUUUGAACGCGCCGUUGAUGAGAACGAUGGGUUUGACGUUCAUGGCGCGUUCGUCGAUGGAUUGCAUGUGGAAGGCUAUUACCGAGUCGGUGAAGGCGAGGGACGAGCAAGGAGUCGUCAGGCCUGACAUGAUCCACCUUCUGAUGCAGGCUAGAGACAAACAGGACGAGAAUAGUCGGAUGAAAAUCGGCGAUAUCGUCGCUAAUGCGUUCAUCUUUUUCCUGGCUGGGUUCGACACGGCGUCCACCUUGAUGUGCCACGUAAUCUUCGAGCUGGCUCUGAACAGAGAGAUUCAGGAAAGGUUGAGAAAGGAGGUGGAUCACUAUACUUCUGAAGGAAACGGCGAGAUUGUGUACGAGGAUCUGAUGAAAAUGGAGUACAUGGACAUGGUGAUGUCGGAGACCCUUAGGAAGUAUCCUCCGGUGAUGUUCACCGAUAGAUUGUGCGCGGAGAAGCUCGAGCUACCCCCAGCUGGGCCUGGCUAUAAUAGUGCGACUGUGUAUCCGGAUGAACUUAUUUGGAUUCCCAUUUUGGCCCUGCAUCACGAUCCGAAGUACUUCCCUAGUCCGGAGAAAUUCGAUCCUGAACGAUUCAGCGAGAAAAAUAAGGAUAAUAUCGUUCCUAAUACGUAUAUUCCGUUUGGACUGGGGCCUAGAAAGUGCAUCGCCAAUCGGUUCGCCUUGAUGGAGGCGAAGAUUCUGGUGGCGCAUAUCUUGCAGAAGUUUGUUAUAACGAGCAACGAGAAGACGAAACCUCUGGUGUACAAAAACGGAAGUUUUCAAUUGGUUCCGAAAGAUGGAUUUUGGCUCAGUUUCGAAAAGAGGGACUAUUAA